AUGCGAUCGUACCACACAACAUCAACGCUAGCGAAUGGAAAAGCUUUAGUUGCUGGUGGAUUAACCUAUGGUGAUGCUGUGAAUACUGCCGAACUAUUUGAUUCCACAACAGGACUCUGGAUACAAACGGGCAGCAUGAGUACUAGGCGAUCGCAUCACACAGCAUCGACACUAGCGAAUGGAAAAGUUUUAGUUGUUGGAGAAUUAAGCUAUGGUGUCGGUCUGAAUACUGCCGAACUAUUCGAUCCCACAACAGGACUCUGGACACAAACUGGCAAUAUGAGCAUCAAACGUGUUGAUCACAAAGCAUUGAUACUAGCCGAUGGUAAAGUAUUAGUUGUUGGUGGAGAUUGGGAUGUCUACUCGGUAACUACUGCAGAACUGUUCGAUCCAGCAACAGGACUCUGGACAAUGGCUGGGAACAUGUCGGAUUGGAGAUUCGGUCACUCAGCAUCCACUCUCUCUGCUGGAAAAGUCUUAGUUACUGGUGGAUAUCUAGGUAGCAAUUAUGGGAAAAGUGCAGAACUUUUUGAUCCAUCAACAGGAGUUUGGACACAGACUGGAAAGAUGAAUAUUGGACGAGACCACCACACGUCAUCACUGCUAUUCAAUGGAAAGGUGUUAGUUGUUGGAGGGCUUAGUUGA